CCAACACUCAUAACCGCACAACCAACAAACAACCUUCAAUAUGACUACUAGUAUCCCAUCAACCAUGCAUGGAUGGAGAAAGCAUAUGGGCAGCCCUGACCCAGUAUGGGAAGAAGUUGCUGUGCCACAGACUCCUCCAACUGGGUUUUUGAUCAAGAUGCUAGCUUCUGGCGUAUGUCGCAGCGACCAUUCGAUACUGAUAGACGAGAAGCCACGCCCAUGGUUUGAAAAACAGUUUACCCUUGGCCACGAAGGCUGUGGGACUAUAGUGAGAGUUGGUGCUCAAGUCAGAAGUGAUUCGAAAUUCAAAGUGGGGGACGUGGUUGCCCUUGAUGCCGUACCAGGCUGCGGAUUUGAUGAUUGCCCGGAAUGCUCUCGCGAUGUAUCACAACUAUGUCUGAGAUGUCAACAUUCUGGCAUUGGACAAGACGGAUAUCAUGCGCCGUACGCUGCGGUAGACCAACGCGCCGUGGUGCUAGUUCCAGAAGGAGUCACACCUGCAGAGGCUGCAGUAGCCACUGACGCGGUGAAGACCGGCUACCAUGCCAUAACCAGGAGAGGCGAGGUAAAGGCCCAUGAGACCGUAUUUUUAUUCGGCCUAGGGGGGCUGGGAUUUAACGCGCUACAAACCAUACACCACAUUGGAGCGAGAGUUAUCGUUUCGGAUGUGAAAGAAGAGCUCUUAGAAGAAGCAGUCAAGCUUGGCAUUCCAAGAGGGGAUAUUGUGCCUGUUGGGAAGUCUCCCACGGAGUUCAUCAUCGAGAAUGGCCUUGAUGGGAAGAUCGACACGGUACUCGACUUCGUUGGCAUGCAUCAAACUUUCCAUGACGCUCAAGUGAUUGUUCGUCGAGGUGGAAAGAUUGUUUGUGUGGGAACAUUAGACCAUGAAAAUGUUGUAGACAUGAAAAACGGCAUCCGAAAGAGACUGAGCUUUAUCUUUUCAUAUGGUGGGCAGUUGGAUGACCUCGAAGAGGUGCUGGAAUUGAUCUCGAAGAAGGUUAUUCAACCACAAGUUGUGGGCAAGCCUCCAUCUGAGUUCCCGGCUACUCUACAAGGCCUUCUUGACGGACAGAUCAAAGGACGUAUUGCAUUAAUGUACGAUCAGUAAUCACAUAGC